AUGCUGGUCAAACCCAGUGUGAUUUAUUGUUUUUACUUGACGAAUAUUUUCGUUCAGAAGAAGUAAAAUUUCAUUGGUAUACAUAGGGUUUUAUGAAUCUGAUCAAAAGGAGGAAAACAUAUCAUUUCAACCCAUUAUUUAAACCAUUAUUCAACCCAGUAUUCACGGACAUGGAUGCGUCUGGCGUUCAUAUUUAUAAUCAGUAUAGUUGCAAUGGCUUGCCACCUAACGUUUUAUGUACUGAUGGUGAAUAUUUUUUCAAUUUUAACUUACUUCGUCACUAUGAAAAUCGAAUUUCAUGUGUUAUUUCGUCGUGGCUCCUGCGGUGUAUUCAAAAUGUAAUGAAAACUUUAUUCACGUUUCGGAAUGUUUUGAGGUUUAUUCGUCCCAUUCGAAACUCACAAACAAAUUCUUACGUUGAAUUUUAUUUACCUAUCAACGUUUGCUUGUGAAAAACGUAUUCACGAAAUCAGUGACCCUAUUUACAUCAUACUGCUGCUGUAUACUUGGAAAAUAUACAGGGCUCAUGUCAAACUGCAUUCGUUAUCUUCAUUCGCUUAUCAUGAUAUUCUUUUUGUUCUAUUGUCAUCAUUACAUUCAUUCACAGAUUUCGAAAUAUUCCAUGAUGUCAGAUUUAGUUGUGUCCUGUGUCCUUCCGAAAACUAUGAGUCAGGAACUACGAAAACCCCUUCCCAGCUACAUCACUUCGUUAUUAAUCGACACAGUGCUCAUGACUCUGAUGACAGUCGGGUUGGUAGUGUUGUUUGCUAUUGAAAAAAACAUUUCCGGUUUUUUCAUGAAGAAUUUCUAUAUGGUUUAUAUUAUUAUAUCGGUUGUUGCUAUCCUAUUACUUCUUCUUAUAUUCCUGGGGACAAUUCGUUCGAAUUUUUACGGUGUUCGUAUACUACUUUGGAUUAUAGUUAUAUUAUGCUGUCUCUAUGAGGAUUUGCUUCCACUUAAUCCUAGAACAAAAACGGGUAUUCUGCGUACUCACAGUAGUUUUAAUCGCAAUACUCAUACUCGCAUUGGUGUUUAUUUGUGUCAAUAUGCGAAGAUGGAUAACGUGGUGGUUUCCGCCUAA